UCCCGAAGCUCUUGUGCUAUUUGGCUUUUGCUCUCUGGUCUCAGAGCCUCCGCCCUCCGUCUUGCUCACCUGAGUCACCUACUCACCUCCCCUAUCCGCCGCGCCCAAGCCUCUCGGCUUCGUCGGCGUCUUCCUCGCUCAGUCUUCACCGCACAGUGGCAUGAGGGCGGGGCGGCCCAAGAUCGGCGACCAGGCGACCAGCGACGUGGUUGUGCGGCUACGGACACCGGAGGGCCGCGACGAGUGGCUCUACUGCCACUCCGCCGUCCUCGCCGCCGGCAGCACCUACUUCGCCGAUCGCCUCUCCGACGCCUGGCCGACGUGCCAGAUCCUCGGUUCGCGCUACUGCGUCGAGGUCUACUGCCAGGAGCUCGACCUCAGCUCCCAUGUCACCGCGCUCCGCCUCCUAUACGCCGCCGAGCCCUGCUCCCGCUUCGGCGUCCGCGGCGCGCUCGGCGUACUCCAGGCCGCCGUGAACCUCGGCUGCGCCCAGAUCGCCGCCGCCUGCGCCGGCUACAUCGAGUCCGCCCCCUGGGACGAGGCCGACGAGGAGGAGAUUCUGAGGACCGUCCCCGGCCUCGGCGCGCAGUACGAAUACAUCCUUGCGCGUCUCCGGCCGAUCGAUCCGGCUCCGGUAACCAGCAUCUUCCUUUCGGCGUUCCGGCACGCCACGCGCUCGUCCGCAGCUGGGCCGGCGCGGGAGCUCAAGUCUGCAGCUCAGGAGCAGCUGGAGUAUAUGCUCACCGAGGAUGACGACACACCAUUGGUAGCCCUUGACAACAUCGAUGUCAAGUCUCAGGUGAAGGAAUGUGUCACUGGUUUGCUGAACAGGUUCAGUGAUUUCUUGAGUUCUGUACUGACGAAGCAGAAGGAGACGCCUCUUGUUGGUGACAAUGGCGAACUUCAGCAGGAGCUGCACACAUUUGUUUGUGACGUCUCCUGGGUCUGUCAGGUCUUGAGCAAGCUUGAGAUGGUGAAGUGCAUUGUUCUCUAUUGGGUUGGAGUGUCAUCUGAUGUGGUUGAAGCUGUCGACGCAGUAUGCCCUGGGCACGACUGUCUGAAUACCAGGCUGAAGGUGGUAGAGGUGUCUGCAAAAGUACUGGAGGCUGUUGCGUUUGGCAAUAUUGUUCUUCCAACCGAGAAACGUCGUCAUAUGGUGAAUGUCUGGAUUGCCUUUGCAAGAACAACAAAGGCUUUGAUUGUUCAGGCUGAUCGUGAUGACGACGAUGAUGGUGAUGUCGAGACACCAAAGGCAAACCUGGACAACGAGGUUUGGCAGGGGCUGGAGUCGGCAUUUGUUUCAAUUGUGCUGACACUGCCGUCAAAUAGUCAAGCUGAGAUUUUAUCAGAGUGGCUCCAGUCAAAACAUGUUCGAUAUCCUGACUUGACAGAGGCGUUUGAAGCCUGGUGUUACAGAUCGAAGGUUGCCAAAAGAAGGUUCUCUUUCUUGAGUGACAUUGAUCGCGUAUCUUGAUCCUUGACUAGUCUAAUCGCGCUGUGGAAAAAUGCCAUUUUGUUCAUAUUCCUACCAUCUGACUCUCGAACUUGUCACUGAUAGGAUUGAGUUGCUGCCUUUCACUGAAACAGUCAUAAUGGAGCUCCAUUAUCUUGAUUCCAACUCACCCCAGAUCAGGUUGUCAGUUAAGUUUUGGUGGAUUAUCUGCUUAUGAACUUACAUUGAACAUCGCUGAUGGAAUACACAGCAGUACACAGCACUAUCGAGAUAAAGUAGCCGACAGAACAUCCUGGUCGAUAUACACAAGUCAUGAUCUGCACCUGCGUGUGGUUGAAGCUAUGCUGCAAAAUUGGAACAGACGCUGCUGUGGUUGGCAAAUGACCAAAGCAAACCGGAGAUACCUGAAUUGAACAAGUUCACAUGCUUUCGCUAUUUUGUUAGAAGAUGCACAGCUAUGUUGAUGCUCCCCUUUCUCAGGUUUUGUUACCUCCAGCGUGAUGCUGGAGGCAUAGCCGCAUGUGCAGUGCUGAAAAGGGCUCUUGCUGCCAGAAUGAGGAGAUACCUGUGGUUCCUAUUGAAAUUGACAAUAUCAGUUAUAUCACAGUAUAUGUCUUGAAUCUUGAUAGCAUCAAGUGGCCGACUCUUGACAGGCGGGAUGGCAGCCAGAUUUAGUACAUUACGCACCAUCCCUUGCUCUCCGCGAGGCAACAGUCUGUGAUCAAUAGGGCAUCAUUUCCUGCCCGCAGAAAAGAAAUUUGUAAUAAGUUGGUGUGAGAUCAGCUAAUCUUGUCUUUGAGGAAGUAAUCGGGGAUCGUGUGAUCUGUUAAUUGAUUGGGUAUUGAUCAUGAGAUUUUGACAAGCAUCCACGUGCCUGUCUCUUUUUGCU